AUAGAGUACCUCCUAAGGUACAAGCGAUAUCCACUUGUAUGGAAAUUUUGCCAAUACAUAAAAAGCGAGAAACUAGGUGUCACAUUUACAACAUACAUUUUGCUAUUGAAGGCGAUCGCAGAAUCCAGUGCCAGUUCCAAUUCAUCUGAGUUAGGUUGCAUUCUUUUUGAAGAGGCUAUGAACAUGAAAAUUGGAAAUAUCACCAUACGCCUGUCUGAGGACCAGAAAUGGUUGCUUUGCCGAAAUCUUCUCUUAAUUUUGACUCAAAGUGAAGACAUGAUAGAUUGUGUAAAGUUGAACGAAUUAUACACAAAAUACUUUCAGAACUUCAAAGGUAGGCAACUGUUUGAAUUGCAGUAUUGUUCUACUUAUAUUACCAUUUUGCUAAGGUCCGGUCAGACAGAAAGGGCUGUAGAUGAGUUUGAAAAGACUCUACGUAGGCUAGAGGAUUCGGGUUACGAUUUGCAGGAUAUCUUGAAAGAGCUUCCUAUUCUACGUCUCUUGUUGGUCUUGCAAAGAGACAAAGAUUUCGAUAACAUAUUAAAGUGGCUCACUAUUGUUCAAGAAAUAGAUGACCGGCAGAGACAUCAAGACAUCAAUGACAACAAACGCAUAAUUUCCAACGAGCUCUGGGUUCAGUUUUUGGACACAGCUUUGUCCAGCAACCACUAUAAGUUGGUGAAAUUAGUCUAUGACCAUUUCAUAAUGAGAGGUUUUUCUAAUUCUACAAUUUCGAUAGAAGACGCUAUUUUUGAAGAUCUUACCACAAAGGAUAGUGGUUUUAAUUACAUUAACGACGAUACGACUUUUCAAAUAUUGCAUACUUUGUCAGGUAACGGAGAUGUCGAUCUGACAUUGAGCUUGAUUGAAUCACAUUACAUUCAUAAGAAAUUUAAAGGAGAAAGAGCACUAAACAAGGAGUUAUACAUUAAAAUAAUAGAAGCAUAUUGCUACAGCGACAAAUUGACCAAGAUUUGGAACGAAUCAGAACCUGGUCAUCAUGAAUUAAAAGACACUAGCAUCGAGCAGAUACUUAGCGUUAUCAAUGGAAUAAUGGAAAAGUUGGAAGUCGACAAAGAAGAACAACUUAAUUAUAGAGAUAUUUCUGUUGCCAUGUCAUCCAAAUUCUGGUCUUAUAGUGACCACGACAAGAACAUCGAAAAAGCCGUUCAGAAACGAAAUCAGAUUUCUGAUAGAAUUCUUCAUUCAGAAGAGAAUGAAACCGUAACUACGGUAUUGCCUAGAAAAAUGGCCAAUACCAAUAUCGAAUCAUCUCAGUAUGGAAAUUUGUUGGCUAAUCUCGAUGUUCUCCAUGACUUUGUCGGUUCCCAUACCCAGUACAUGUUGAAUGAAAAUUUAGAUAGUUCGAUCACCAUCUUUAUUAAUUGCAUUUUGGAGCAUUUGCAUAUACAUCAAAACUUCACUUCGAUUGUACGAACUUUGCAAUCGUUAUUUCAUGUUGAACACGAUUUCGCUACCAAAUGGCUCGAUAAAGAUCUGUUUGACAUAAUAUUCAAUUCAUUGGCAAAUUCGUCAUCUUCCAAGUUAUGUUCUCUUACGUUGUUCAAUUACUUCAAAGAGUCUAACAAGAUUCUCAGUCAUGAGAACUACUAUUGUCUCAUGUCGGCAGUUCUCAGAGGUUAUUUUCAUGAUGGCUUACAGUUUUACCUCUACCACUAUUUGCUAGACUAUGGUGGUAUGGUAGAUGACAAGAUUAUCAUGUUGCUUCGUGAAAUACCUAAAUCUGAAUUGCGGGGCCACGAAAAUACCCAUAAAAUUUUUGAAUAUGUUGCUGAUUUAAGUAGACAUUCUCUGACGUUAUCAAGAGAGACUAUUGACGGAAUAUGGGACGAGUGGCAUCUAUGCAAGAAUCUGUCACGUAUCGCUGAAGAAAAGCCUACCAAAUUUAACAGAAUAUACCAUAAGCUGUUCGACGAAAGGGAUUGCGGGUAUCUUGAGUUUAUCUUGAAACUGUAA